UGUGGGACUGAAAUGGUUAUUAAUAUGAACAACUGGGGAACAAUCGUUUCCAUAUUGGUGUUUGCUUCCCGUAUUCAGAUACUUUCUUGCUCAGGAAAAUUAAGGAUAGAUUUGAGGCGAUAUGAAAACCCGAGCAAUAGAUUAUCAGAUGGUUUCUGCUGUGACCCUAUUUGCCGUGAUUGUGAUCCCUUCUUCGAAUUCACCUUCAAAGGGACCAAGAAGGAAAUUAAACCAGGUCAAAGUGGAAAAGACAUAACUUUUUCCUCGCAAUUUACAACGUUCUCCUUUGACGCGUGGAAGCCUGCACAAAGCUUGUCGUUGGAAAUAUGGGAUGAAGAUGCUUUAACACCAAAUUCAAAUGACAUAAUUUACAACGGAACAAUAACCCUCUCAUCAAAGGCAAAUUACAAUUCAAAAUUCUCUCCCAAAGCUUACACACUGUACUUUCAAGGAAAGUACGUAACACUCAGGACCACUGUCAGCAUCUACUGCGACUCUGAUUAUCUCAUACCAGAUUGCGCAGAGCAUUGUGUGUCCCGGAACGAUAGUAAAGGCCAUUUCCAUUGUGACUAUAAAAAUGGCGAGAAAAUAUGUCUUCCUAAUUGGUUUGAUAUGGAUAAAAAUUGCACGAAGUUCUGUUCACCCCAAAAUGUUGACGAACAAGGGCACUAUAGCUGCUCGAAAACAGGAGAUAAACUGUGCUUUAGAAAUUGGUACGGGGAAAGUUGCACCGUGAAGUGCAUCGAAAACAACCAGACUUUCUAUUGUGACGUGAAUACCGGAAAAAGGAUUUGUCGUCCAGAUUGGUUUGGAAGCAACUGUACAACGUACUGUAUCAGUCAAAAUGAUUCAAAUGGAAUGUUUCAUUGCAAUAAAACAUCUGGUAUGAAAAUCUGCAAUGCUCACUGGUAUGGAAUCAAUUGCACAAAUUAUUGCAAAGAACAAAAUGACACGAGUGGACAUUACUCAUGUAGUAUAGAGAACGGGCAAAAAAUUUGUCAGCCAGGAUGGCAUGGAAUAAAUUGCUCAGUAUUUUGUAAGGGUAAAAAUGAUUCCUAUGGACACUAUUUCUGUAAUGAAUCGUCUGGUUUGAAAAUUUGUCAUGAAGAUUGGUAUGGAAUAAAUUGCUCAGUAUUUUGUAAGGGUAAAAAUGAUUCAAAUGGACACUAUUUUUGUAAUAAAUCGUCUGGUUUGAAAAUUUGUCAUGAACAUUGGUAUGGAAUAAAUUGCUCAGUAUUUUGUAAGGGUAAAAAUGAUUCCCAUGGACACUAUUUUUGUAAUAAAUCGUCUGGUUUGAAAAUUUGUCAUGAACAUUGGUAUGGAAUAAAUUGCUCAGUAUUUUGUAAGAGUAAAAAUGAUUCCCAUGGACACUAUUUUUGUAAUGAAUCGUCUGGUUUGAAAAUUUGUCAUGAACAUUGGUUUGCAAAAAAUUGCUCAGUAUUCUGUAAGGAUAAAUAUGAUUCCCAUGGACACUAUUUCUGUAAUGAAUCGUCUGGUUUGAAAAUUUGUCAUGAAGAUUGGUACGGAAUGAAUUGCUCAGUAUUUUGUAAGGGUAAAAAUGAUUCAAGUGGACACUAUUUCUGUAAUGAAUCGUCUGGUUUACAAAUUUGUCAUCAACAUUGGUAUGGAGCAAACUGCGCGAGAUAUUGCAAAGAACAGAAUGAUUCGCCCGGACAUUAUGUCUGUGAUAAACAAACUGGCUUCAAGAUUUGUUCUGCCAAUUGGUUCCGCGAAAAUUGUAGUAUUUUUUGUUUGCAAUCAAGCAAUGACUUUAUCGGACAUUAUGAUUGCAACAGAACAACCGGUUUAAAGAUCUGUCACAGAAACUGGUAUGGGGAUAAUUGUACGAGCUAUUGUAAAGACAGCGAUUUGGAGGGGAGGUAUUCCUGCAAUAAAACGAACGGGGAACAUAUUUGCCAUUUGAAUUGGUUUGGAAAAAAAUGCAAUUGCACUGAAACUGUUAAUUAUUAUUGCAAUCAUACAACGGGACAAAAAAUAUGUCAUCCACAUUGGUACGGAUCUGACUGUUCAGUUAACUGCAUAGAAAAUUCUGGGAAUGCUGACACUUACUUAUGCGAUAAGAAAACGGGGAGAAAAAUCUGUCGUUCUAACUGGUUUCGAGAUAACUGCGAGGUAUUUUGUAAAAGUAGAAACGAUGAUUCUGGUCAUUAUUUUUGCAAUGAAACAUCUGGUCAGAAGAUUUGCCACUCGCGUUGGUAUGGUGAGAAUUGCACAGAAUUCUGCACGGAGGAGAGCGAUCAAACGUCAUGUAGGAUUAACGAAGAGAGGAUAUCUCAAGAAUGUAAUGGUGGAACUCAGUGGUAUAUCAUUGUCGUGUCUCUGAUAUCUGGAAUUAUCUUUGGAAUUUUCCUUUCUAAAAUCGUCUCAUGUUUGCGUCGUAAAGUCAAAAGCACAGACGCUCCACCAUCUGAAGAUGACUUGACUUACGAAGGACUUGAUCUUACAAAAAUGAACACAGAAGACAAUUACCAGUCGUUGAGAGUGAAUGCUGCGAUAAACCAGGGUGCAAAUGACGAGUACUCGACGUACACCGAUCUGAAGAAGAAUAGAGAUGUUGAAAACAACUACCAGUCAUUAACUUAGGACUGGAAUUUAGGUUGUAGUCUUUCCACUUAUUUUUCUGUUGACAAUUAAACGCGGGGAUAAAUACCCCUAAGAAACAACUAUAUUAUGUGCUUAGAAAAAAAUCCCACCUAAACCCUGAAUAGAAUAAUAAUUUCGUCAAAUGCAAACAUUCAAAUUACUUACGGAUGAUUUAGUAAUAAUUUAAUAGUUCUACAUGAACAUUAGAGAAUUGCUACCUUCACACAAAUUAUGGAAAACACGUAGUCUGCCAAAAACAUGGAAAACACGGAGUAUAAAUGUUUGGAAAACACGGAGUCAACGUAAAUUAUACAUAUAUUCAUAAAUGAAGGAUCGCUCAUAAGUCUAUACUAAUUUUUUAUACCACAGUAAUAGUAUAAAAGAAAGAAUACACA